AUGCGCUUCGAAUGUGGCUCUUUCCCUCUUUUUCUGAUUUUUCUCCUUUCCCUUUCGUCCGGCAGCCAGAACUAUCAGUGGUCGUACGAUUCGGAUGUGUUCGGAGGCCCCGACUUCUGGGGACUCGUCGAAAAGGACUGGUGGAUGUGCAAGAAGGGACGGCUGCAGAGUCCGAUUGACAUCCAACCGGACCGGCUCCUCUUCGAUGCGACCGUCAAACCAGUCAGACUGGACAAAUUACCGGUAUGCUCAAAUAUUGUGCGAAUCUUGAAAUGACCAAGCACAUUUGCAGGUGGUUUCUGAAUUCGUGAACACCGGUCAAAUGGUGCGAGUCCGCAUCGGAUAUUCAUCCAGAAAACCAUCGGUUAACAUCACGAGCGGUCCGCUUUACGGGUAUAGAUAUCGGUGAGGCAGAACAAAACCGGAAGCAAUUCAUCAAAAAUCUUCUGUUUUAGGGUACAAAGAAUAGAUUUUCAUAUGGGUCGAGGUAAUGAGAACGGAAGUGAGCACACGAUUGACGGGCGCAGAUUCCCGAUGGAAGUGCAGCUCGUCGCUUUCAACACUGACUUGUAUCCCAACUUCACGAGUGCCUCCAAAUCUCCUCACGGAAUCGCCAUUUUGUCUAUCUUAGUCGAUGUAAGCUUUGAGAUGUUCUUUACCUACUCGAACCCGUUUCUUUUUACAGUUCGGGGUUGAGACGAAUCAAGAGCUGAUGAAGUUGACGAUUGCCACGGCGAGCAUUAGCUACAAGGACCAGCGGGUACAAUUGGCAGACUUUGAGCCAUGGAGACUUCUUCCGUUCACUAGAGACAUCAUAACAUACGAGGGCUCAUUGACAUCCCCAGGUUGCCAUGAAACGGCCACCUGGAUUAUACUCAAUCAGCCAAUUUUCAUUACCAAGGAACAUGUUCGUGAUCGUUUUAUUAUGUCUUUUACCUUCACUUUUUAGUUUGACGAGUGGUCUCACUUAUAUCUGAGUAUGGAUGGAGCCGAGAAAGUUCCAGUGGCUCCCAACUAUCGUAAGACACAGGAGACCAACAACCGACUAGUGAGGACUAACAUUCAGCACAAGGUAUGCUCUAGAUGUGUUCACGAAAACAUUUAUGAUUACAGAUGAGCUACAACUGUAACGUAUCUGUCAAUAAGAUUCACUAUCGUGCGAACCAUUUGAAUCCGCCGCCCCCACAACAUUCGUCGCGCAGACACAAUAACCCGAUUGCCUAA